CGUCAUCUUGCAGCUAUUCGGCGUUUUCUGUCUCUAGAAGUCUAGACGCUUGUGUUCAUUUUCAUUUUGGUUCAUUCAGUCGCGACCAUCGCAACUCUACAAUGUUGAAUUGUGUUGCCAGUAAGUUAACAUUAGUUUGUAAUAGUAGACUUCCAUCAAGCUUCAACAAUCUUCGAGAAUGUGUAGCACUGUUUGCUACCCCUAAGACGGACUUUAGCACCUCUUCAAUCAAAUUUGGUGGUACAAGAGAUGAUCCUAAACGUUGGCUGUCAUAUAAUGAUGUUAUUUACCCACCACAGGAACCUGGGGAAGAGAGAAGACCAGCUUUUGUGUGCCACCAAAAACUAAAUAUCAAAUAUAGUCCCAAAAAAAUGUGGUAUGUCGCAAGCUUUGUGCGUGGCAUGACAGUUGACGAAGCAUUUAAACAAUUACCUUUGGUCGGGCGUAAAGGUGCCACUAUAGUAAAAGAUACUAUUUUAGAAGCUCAAAAGCUAGCCAUUGAAAAUCAUAAUGUCGAAUUUAAAACAAAUCUAUGGAUUGCUGAGUCGUUUUGUGGUAAAGGUCCAGUGAUAAAAGGUAUGCGCAGACAUGCUAGGAUGCGAAUGGGUGAAGUCAUGUACAGGUAUUGUCAUUAUUUUGUAAGAUUAGAAGAAGGCACACCUCCAGAAAAUUAUUAUUAUAGCUGGCCUAAGACAGGCCCAGCUCUGUUAGCCCAUUGGAUUGAUGAAGUCCGUGACCGUAAAAUUCAAGGAUCGUUGUAAAGCACAUUAACUAGUGAUAAGAAAUGUAUUUGUUUAUAAAUAUUAACUAAAAUUUAAUAAAAAAAAAGGCUUGUAAACUUAUAAGAA